AUGCAUUCCUACGUGCGACCAAAUCAAUUCGUCGCCUUCAAGCUCCCCUCCGAGGCGACGAGGAUCCAGAAAGUCGUUCCCAAUACACAAAUUUCUCUAGGCAAAUACGGCGCUUUCCCCGCCAACCAGAUCAUUGGCCGCCCCUUCUAUCUGACCUUCGAGAUCCACGAAACCCCCGGACAAGCUGAUAGCACCUACCUCCGCAUCGUAUCGGCGGCGGAACUCCACGCGGAAUCCCUCAUCACCGAGGGCGAAGGCGACGGCGAUGAUGUGGAGGUCAAUGAAGACGGCACCCCGGUGCGGUCGAAUCGCGAAACCAUCGACGACCGAUCUACGCAAAAGUUAACGCUAGAGGAGAUUCUGGCGCUGAAGAAGGAAAGCACCGGCGCGGGAAGGGAAAUUAUUGCGAAGCUGCUCGAGUCGCAUCAGGCCUUGGAUCAGAAGACGGCAUUCUCACUGGCCAAGUAUAAGCUGCGGAAGGAGAAGAAGUACAUGAAGCGGUUCACAGUGAUUCCGUUGGAUGUCAGUCUCUUGACGAACUACAUGCUUGAGGACAAGGAUGCAGCUCGGACUAUGGAAUUGCGCGACGAGCUCAUCGGGCUGAUUGGGUGUUGGGGAAAUGUACACCAUGGUGGAAGCACCUCUUUUGACGAGACUGUUACGUCGAAACCGAAUGGUCGCUAUCUGGUUGUUGAUGAUACAGGCGGUCUGGUCGUCGCAGCUUUGGCUGAGAGAAUGGGAAUUCUUCUCUUGAAAUACUUUGGCUACGAACAAGACAGCCCGAGCGACACACAUCCCCUCUACACAAACCUCAAGACCGUCUCUUUCAUGCAGCUGCUCGACCCCAUGGCGGACAACAUCUACUCCGAGGAGCCGUCAGUAGUACCCGAAGAAGAGCUUGCUACAUACAAGGCCAGCAAGCGUAGCGCCUACCACCGCAAGCGCGGGCGUUGGAUGCGCGUCCGCAAGGUAGUCGACGAAGCUCGGGCGGGCGGCUUCGAUGGUCUCAUUAUCGCCUCUCUAAUGAGCCCGACGAGUAUCCUGAAAUAUACUGUCCCAUUGGUGGGAGGCUCGGCACCGAUUACUAUCUACUCACCCACCGUUGAACCGUUGACAGAGGUAAUGGACUUGUAUUCGACAGCGCGCAAGAACGCCUACAUCGCUCGGAAGCUACGUGUCUGGCAGGUCCUUCCUGGGCGGACACAUCCGUUGAUGUCGGGACGUGGUGGUGCAGAAGGGUACAUCUUCCAUGGCAUCCGGGUCAUCCCGACGCAGGAGAUCAUUGAGGCAGCUGGAAAUCCAGGCCGGAAGAGGAGGAAGGUGACCAAGGAGACAGAGACACCGACGCAGACGCAAACUCCGACGGAGACGCAGACAGGCAGCGGGGAUGUGGAGAUGACGUCGUGA